CACAACUAUUAUAAUCAAUGUCAACACCUACUUGACUUUGUAAGGUUCUUCAGCGCUGUAUCGAAUAUUCCUAUUCUAAAUUUGAUUGUAUGCCCGAUUGGCGCGCGGGAACAGUCGCAUGUCAAUUGUUGGCGGGAACGCGUUGUUUUUUUUUAAUUUUUCUUUUUCGAGUGAUAGUGAAGUGAUGUGCCUUUCGGAUUUUUGAUGUUAACGAUUGCGUUCUUCAUAGUAACCGUUGUUUUUGGUUAUUUUUUGCGACGAAUUUUGAAUAAACCAACGGAUUUAGUUGAAAGUCAGAAGAUGAGCGACCAGGAGCAGGCUAGGUGCUCCUCGAGCGAGAGCGACAAUUUCGAGAAAAUCGACUCUGAAGACCUGCCUGAACAGAAUGGCAAGCCAGGGUUCACCGUGGGGGAGGACGAAGACGAGGGCCCGGCGCACGAAGGGGGGGACUUCUUCCCCAACGCCCCCCCUCCUAACCUGAAGCCGAAGCUGACCUUAGCCCAGCAGCUCGCUUUGGCAGAGAAACGCAGUAAACUCAAGCCGUCUAUGUCCCAGGGUACGGUGAUCCACAGCCAAAGGUUCCAGGAGAAAGAUUUCACCGUUGCCACGCCGGAGGAGUUUGUCAAGAGGUUCCAGGGCACGAAGGCUAUUAAUAAGGUCCUCAUAGCGAACAACGGUAUCGGAGCAGUGAAAUGCAUGCGCUCGAUCCGAAGAUGGUCGUACGAGAUGUUCAAGAACGAACGGGCUGUGCGGUUCGUCGUUAUGGUGACCCCAGAGGACUUGAAAGCGAACGCGGAAUACAUCAAAAUGGCGGACCACUACGUGCCUGUGCCCGGCGGCUCCAACAACAACAACUAUGCCAACGUCGAGCUGAUCGUCGAUAUAGCUAUCAGGACUCAAGUGCAGGCCGUAUGGGCAGGAUGGGGCCACGCAUCAGAGAACCCCAAAUUACCUGAGAUGUUGCAUCGCGCGGGCGUCGUGUUCAUCGGUCCCCCCGAAAAGGCCAUGUGGGCGCUGGGAGACAAGAUCGCGUCGUCCAUUGUGGCCCAAACGGCGGAUAUACCGACGCUACCAUGGAGCGGAAGCGACCUCAAAGCGGAAUACAACAGUAAAAAGAUCAAGAUCUCAUCGGAACUGUUCGCUCGCGGCUGCGUGACCACGUCAGAGCAAGGUCUCGCCGCCGCCCACAAGAUAGGGUUCCCCGUGAUGAUCAAGGCCUCCGAGGGUGGCGGCGGCAAGGGCAUCAGGAAAGUGGAGAACGCUGAUGACUUCCCCACUAUGUUCCGACAGGUGCAAGCCGAGGUGCCUGGCUCGCCGAUCUUCGUGAUGAAGCUCGCCAAAUCGGCUCGCCAUUUGGAAGUACAACUCAUCGCUGACCAGUACGGCAACGCCAUUUCCCUGUUCGGACGUGACUGCUCGAUCCAGCGUCGGCACCAGAAGAUCAUCGAGGAAGCCCCCGCGGCCAUCGCUAGACCCGACGUCUUCAUAGAGAUGGAAAAGGCCGCAGUCCGCCUAGCCAAAAUGGUGGGCUACGUGUCCGCCGGCACCGUGGAGUAUCUGUAUGAGCCCGCCACUGGGCAGUACUACUUCCUGGAGCUGAACCCUCGCCUGCAGGUGGAGCACCCGUGCACGGAGAUGGUCGCCGACGUUAAUUUACCCGCUGCACAGUUGCAGAUCGCCAUGGGUCUCCCACUGUAUCAUAUAAAGGACAUCCGCCUGCUGUACGGGGAGGGACCCUGGGGUCUGUCGGCUAUCGAGCUGGACGAGCCCAAGCAGCGCCCUUCACCUUGGGGUCACGUCAUCGCCGCCCGUAUCACUUCAGAGAACCCUGAUGAAGGUUUCAAACCGUCAUCCGGUACGGUGCAAGAGCUCAACUUCCGCUCAUCGAAGAACGUGUGGGGUUACUUCAGCGUAGCGGCCUCUGGAGGCCUACACGAGUUCGCGGACUCGCAGUUCGGACACUGCUUCUCGUGGGGCGAGACUAGAGAACAGGCUAGAGAGAACCUAGUAAUAGCUCUCAAAGAGCUCAGCAUCCGAGGUGACUUUAGAACUACUGUGGAAUACCUCAUUACGUUGUUGGAGACUCCCGCCUUCCAAAACAACGAUAUUGACACCAGUUGGUUGGACGCCCUCAUCGCUGAAAGGGUACAAUCAGAGAAGCCGGACAUCAUGCUGGGCGUGAUCUGCGGUUCCAUACUCAUCGCUGAUAGCAUCAUCACCACCCACUUCCAAGACUUCAAGAGUGGCCUCGAGAAAGGUCAAAUCCAAGGCUCCAGCCAGCUCUCGAACUGCGUCGAAGUGGAACUGAUCCAUACUGGCAGCAAAUACCGAGUGCAGGCCUGCAAGUCGGGGCCCACCACUUACUUCAUAGCCAUGAACGGGAGCUUCAAGGAGUUGGAGGUGCACAAGCUGACCGACGGCGGCACUUUACUCUCCGUGGACGGCGCGUCCUAUACCACAUAUUUGAAAGACGAAGUGGACAAAUACCGUAUCGUCAUUGGCAACCAGACCGUAGUCUUUGAGAAGGAAAAGGACCCGUCGAAACUGAGGUCCCUUUCUGCGGGGAAGCUCAUCAAUUGCCUUAUCGAGGAUGGCGGGCAUGUGGAUAAAGGACAGCCUUAUGCCGAGAUUGAGGUGAUGAAAAUGGUGAUGACCCUGUCGGCGCCCGAGGCCGGCAAGAUCACGUGGAACCUCAGGCCUGGUGCUGUACUAGAGAUGGGUUCCCUCAUAGGAACUCUGGAGCUGGACGACCCAUCGCUAGUAACCACAGCAACGCCAUACAAGGGGCAGUUCACCCAUGAAGAGAAUCCAAAUCUGUCCGAGAAACUCAGCCAGCAACAUAACAAGUACAGGGCCAUAUUGGAGAAUAUUCUUGCCGGUUACUGUUUGCCGGAGCCGUAUAACACGCCGCGGUCGCGCGAGGUCGUCGAGAAGUUCAUGCAGAGCCUCAGGGACCCGUCGCUGCCCCUACAAGAGCUCCAGGAGGUCCUAUCCUCAGCGUCAGGCCGCAUCCCUCUCGCGGUAGAGAAGAAGGUCCGCAAACUGAUGACGCUAUACGAGAGGAAUAUCACUAGUGUGCUAGCGCAGUUCCCUAGCCAGCAGAUAGCUAGUGUUAUAGACCACCACGCCGCCUCUCUGCCUAAGCGGGCGGACCGAGAUGUCUUCUUCAUGAGCACACAGGCCUUAGUUCUCUUAGUGCAGAGAUACAGGAAUGGCAUACGAGGCAGAAUGAAGGCGGCCGUCUACGACUUAUUGAAACAAUAUUACCAAGUCGAAAGCAACUUCCAACUAGGUUCGUACGACAAGUGUGUGAUGGCGCUCCGCGACAAACACAAGGACGACAUACAAGUGGUCGCCGACAUCAUAUUCUCGCACAACCAGGUCGCCAAGAAGAACCUUCUGGUGACCUUGCUAAUCGACCACCUCUGGUCCAACGAGCCCGGUCUGACCGACGAGCUGGCGGCCAUCUUGAACGAGCUGACGUCACUGCACCGCGCCGAGCACAGCCGCGUCGCUCUCAGGGCGCGACAAGUACUGAUCGCCGCGCAUCAACCUGCCUACGAGCUCCGCCACAACCAAAUGGAGUCCAUCUUCCUGUCGGCCGUGGACAUGUACGGACACGACUUCCAUCCCGAGAACCUGCAGAAGCUGAUCCUCUCCGAGACCUCCAUAUUCGAUAUACUGCAUGAUUUCUUCUAUCACACCAACCAGGCGGUGAUCAACGCUUCCCUAGAAGUGUACGUCCGCCGCGCCUACACCUCCUACGAGAUCCAGUGCCUCCAGCACCUGGAUCUGUCUGGAGAGCUGAGCGUGGUCCAUUUCCAAUUCGUGCUGCCCACUGGACACCCUAACAGAAUCCCGCUGAGCCAAUCAGAGAUCGAGCUGGCAUCGGCCCAGGACGCGGAGGGCAUACCGGCCGAGCUCUGCACGGCCGCCAUGAAGAAAUGCCACCACCGCACCGGGGCGUUGGCCGCGUUCGACUCUUUCGAACACUUCGCGCAGUAUGCUGACGAGUUGUUGGACUUGGUUCAUGACUUCGCGAGCACUGCGAGUGUGAGGAGAGAGGAUCUGCAAGCAUUGCAAGAUGGCAGCGAGAGCCGAGGCGACAGCACCAGCAUCAACGUCGGCAUGGAUUAUAAGCCGAACGAUAUGGAGGAGGCGAACUUGGAGCCGAUCCAUAUCCUGAUGAUCGGAGUGCGAGACAACGGCGAAAGCGACGACGUGCAAUUGGCUCGACGUUUCGGCGGCUUCUGUCGCGCCCAUCGGCAGGAGCUACACCAGAAGAGGAUCAGACGUGUCACCUUCAUGUCGCUCAUCAAACGCCAAUUCCCCAAAUUCUUCACAUACCGCGCCCGUAACGACUUCACCGAAGACACGAUCUACCGCCACCUGGAGCCAGCCUCAGCCUUCCAGCUGGAGCUGUAUAGAAUGAGGAGUUACGAGCUAGAAGCCCUGCCCACUAGCAACCAGAAGAUGCACUUGUACCUAGGCAAAGCCAAGGUGAAGAAAGGACAAGAGGUGACGGACUACCGGUUCUUCAUCCGCUCCAUCAUCAGACACCAGGAUCUCAUCACGAAGGAAGCCAGCUUCGAAUACCUGCAGAAUGAGGGAGAGAGGGUACUAUUAGAAGCCAUGGACGAGUUAGAGGUCGCUUUCUCGCACCCAUUGGCCAAGAGGACAGAUUGCAAUCACAUCUUCCUCAACUUUGGACCCACUGUCAUCAUGGACCCGUCUAAGAUUGAGGAAUCGGUUCUCGGCAUGGUAAUGCGCUAUGGACCCCGGCUCUGGAAACUCAGGGUUCUACAGGCAGAGAUCAGAUUUACUCUGAGAAUAGGACCUGGUGCCCCUACGAAGAAUGUGAGACUGUGCCUGUCCAACGGAUCUGGCUAUACCCUGGACGUUUACACGUAUGAAGAGGUUUCGGACCCCAGGACCGGCGUGAUAAUGUUCCAAUCGUUCGGAGCACGCCAGGGCCCCAUGCAUGGCCUGCCCAUCUCGACACCCUACGUCACCAAAGACUAUUUGCAGCAGAAGAGAUUUUUGGCAACGUCACAAGGCACGACAUACGUGUACGAUCUGCCCGACAUGUUCAGACAGGUCGUCGAGAGGAGGUGGCGGGAGUGCAUCGAGGACGGGAGCGUUGAUGGACCAGCACCAGAUAAUGUGAUGGCAGCUGUGGAGCUGGUGGUCGAGCCCGAAGGGGAACGAAGAGUUGUGGAGGUGACCAGGCUGCCUGGGCAGAAUACCGUCGGCAUGGUAGCAUGGCGCUUAACCCUUUUCACGCCGGAGUGUCCCAAGGGUCGCGACAUCAUCGUCAUAGCGAACGAUCUGACCUACUACAUGGGCUCGUUCGGACCUCAAGAGGACUGGGUGUACUAUAGGGCUUCGCAGUACGCUAGGGAGCUUAAGAUUCCUAGGCUGUACAUCAGUGUAAACUCCGGCGCUCGCAUCGGCGUUGCCGAGGAGGUCAAACAAGCGUUCAACGUGGCUUGGAUCGAGGCCGAGAGGCCGGAGCGAGGCUUCAAGUAUCUGUACCUGACGCCAGAGGCCUACAGCCGGCUCGGGCCUCUUGGUUCUGUCAAAACGGAGCUUAUUGACGACGAGGGCGAAUCGAGAUAUAAAAUCACUGAUAUCAUUGGCAAAGAGGACGGUCUCGGUGUGGAGUGUCUCCGCGACGCUGGUCUCAUCGCCGGCGAGACCGCGCAAGCGUACGAGGACGUAGUCACGAUAUCAGUCGUCACGUGCCGGGCCAUCGGCAUCGGCGCCUACGUUGUCAGAUUGGGCCAUCGCGUCAUCCAAGUGGAGAACUCCUAUAUAAUCCUCACCGGCUACGCGGCCUUGAACAAAGUGCUCGGUCGCGCCGUAUACGCCAGCAACAAUCAGCUCGGAGGGAUACAGAUCAUGCACAACAACGGUGUGACUCAUGCUGUCGCGCCUACGGAUUUAGAUGCUGUCGCUACUGCGGUCAGGUGGCUGUCUUACGUGCCUAAGGAUAAACUAUCCAUGGUGCCAAUCAUGCGAGUCUCGGACCCGAUCGAGCGGCCCGUGGAAUGGAAGCCGCCCCGCGCCGCCCACGACCCGCGGUUGAUGCUCACUGGGGACGGCGCCCGCGCUGGGUUCUUCGAUGUAGGCACCUUUGAUGAGGUCAUGAAGCCGUGGGCGCAGACUGUUAUCGCCGGGCGCGCCCGGCUCGGCGGUAUCCCGGUGGGCGUGGUGGCCGUGGAGACGCGCACGGUGGAGCUCACCCUGCCCGCAGACCCCGCCAACAAGGACUCCGAGUCCAGGACGCUGCAGCAGGCCGGCCAGGUCUGGUUCCCUGACUCCGCCUACAAGACAUCUCAGGCGAUCAACGAUUUCUCCCGCGAGGGUCUGCCUAUCAUCAUCUUCGCCAACUGGCGCGGGUUCAGCGGGGGACAGAAGGACAUGUACGAGGAGAUACUCAAGUUCGGCGCGGAAAUCGUGCGCGCGCUGCGGCACGCCACGGCGCCCGUGCUCGUGUACAUCCCGCCGGGCGGCGAGCUGCGGGGAGGAGCCUGGGCCGUCGUCGACCCCAGCGUCAACAGCGCGAGGAUGGAGAUGUAUGCCGACCCGGAGGCCAGGGGUGGUGUGCUAGAGGCCGAAGGUAUCGUGGAGGUGAAGUUCAAACAGCGAGACACCCUCAAGGCCAUGCAGCGAUUAGACCCUGAGCUGCAGAGACUCAGUGCAAGGAUAACAGAACUCAAAGACCAGAUCGCUGAUCUAUCCAAGAGGUUCGACCGUCGCGGCUCCAUCGAUGACGUGCUCGUGCGGACGGAGGCCGGUCGCGAGGCCGAAAACAAGGCCCGGGAGCUCGACACCGAGCUGCAGCAGUGUGAGAAGAACGCUAAGAAGAGGGAGAAGGAACUACAGCCUAUAUACCACGAGAUUGCGGUGCAGUUUGCUGAGCUGCACGACACAGCGGAGAGGAUGUUAGAAAAGGGCUGUAUAUUUGAUAUAAUACCUUGGAAAGACUCCCGCCGCUUCCUGUACUGGCGUCUCCGGCGGCUGCUGCUGCAGAACCAGCAGGAGGUGCGCGUGCAGGCGGCGGCGCGCGCGGCGGCCGAGGACAUGGACCAGGGCGCGGCGGCCGCCACGCUGCGGCGCUGGUUCACCGAGGACCAGGGCGAGACGCAGUCCCACCAAUGGGAGCGCGACAACGAAGCUGUAUCCAAAUGGUUCGAGGCCCAAACGGCCGACGACAACUCCGUACUCGAGAGGAACCUGCGCGCCAUCAAACAGGACUCUGUCAUGAAUGCCGUCAAUCACCUCGUUAUGGAACUCACGCCAUCCCAGCGAGCCGAGUUCAUCAGAAAACUAACGGCUUUAGAAAUGGAGCAAUAGAAUAAUUAUACCGGUAGAUAGAACAAAUUAUAUUUAAAGCCAUAGGCGCCAUAUCACUCAACCCGCUCACUGCCCGGGGACCCACAGCACUGAAAGUGUUAAUAUUAAUGUUAAAACGUAAAAGGGGGUUACAGAAAAAAUGGUACCGUUUACUUUUUUUCGAAAAACCUUCAAUUUUUGGGUUAUAUAGACCCAGAAUCACGAGUACUAUUGAAUGGGACAAAGAAAAAAAGUGCCCCCAGUUUUUCCUACAAAUUUUGGGUGUCAGUUUUGUAACGAUCCAUACAAAAUGUAUGUGAAAAUGCGUUACAUAACUGAUAUUUUUUUUGGGGCACAUUUUUAUUCUUUUAGAAAUCGAUAGUCCACGUGAUUGAGUAGAAAUAAUCCAAAAGUUGAUGGAUUUUCGAAAAAACGAAAUGGUAUACUUUCAGAUAUGACUGACCUGUUUCUAUGCAGAUGGGGCUAGUUAUCUCUGCAGUGCACUGUAAAUCACUUAUUUUGUAUAGGGUUUGUUAUUUAUUGUUAUUAUUUAAGCCCUCAGUUGUAAAAAGCAAUAUUUAUUCUUAAAAAUGUUACCUUUUUUUACAUUAUAAUGAUAGGAUAAAUAAUUGCAUGUAAUACUCAUGCUUUUUACAGAACAUCUGGUGCUCCAUUACGCCACCCCGUGCUAUAAUAAGCACAUUACGUAACUACUUCGAAAAUUUAAAGGGCCAUAUGUACUGUAAAACGUUAUACGAUACACGUGCGAAUGGGUAAUAUGCUAUUUUUCGCACUUGUAUCGUAAAUAACUAUUAUAACGGCUCAAAACAAAAUACAAGGCCUUCAUACAAAAUCUGGUACACAAUAUCAACAGUAUAUAAUUUUGGCUGAAUUUUGAUUAAUUCUGUUUUCCAAUUAGUAUGCACUGUGUGAGUGUAGAUUUUUAUUAGUUUUAGAUUUAGGUCCGUCCUAUUCAGACUUAAAGUCUUUAAAAAGGUGUUUUAAGGAUUAUUCUAAGAAACAACCGUUUACCAAUAAAAUGGAAAAACUAAAACAGCGUUUAAAAAAACUACAGUAAGGGGUUUUUGGGUAAGAGGAGUAUAAACAAUAUUUUUAUGUUUAUCUAGUUGUUGGUAUAACUCGAGUCCGUAGAGCAGUGUUGGGCAAAGUACGGCCCGCGGGCCAAGUGCGGCCCGCGAAUGGAUUUAUCUGGCCCGCCGCCGGUCAUUUAAAAAUAUGUAUAAUGUGGCCAGCAAUAUAAUAAAAAUAUUUUUUUGCUGUAAAUCUGGCCCUCCUCUGAAAUUCCUUCAAGUUUUGGCCCCUCAUGAAGAAAGUUUGCCCACCACUGCCGUACAGUCUAAAUUUGAAGAACUUGACUAGUUUUUACGAGACUGCGCUAAUUAGGGGCUGUUCAUAAAUUACGUUAUCUAUUUUUGACGAUUUUUGAAAAAGAAAAAGAGAGAUGAAAGUUCUUUGAAAAGGUCUGAAGUGUCAACAAAUAAUGAAUUCGACUCGACACGAACUUAAGAAUAUAAGAUCAUAGUAAGAUUAUUUUUAAGUUUCGGCUUAAUCAAUCAAAUUAUUUAUUAGUCUGUUAAAAACAGUCGAGACUCAAAGCAGACUCAAAGGACUCGAGUGUUAACCCUUUACCAGGUUGACAGUUCAAAAAUGACGAUCGAAUGUCUAUCUUACUCGUCGAAAAUAGAAAACAUGUUUGAAGUCCCGUAUGUGGGAGAUAUAUAUCCCUUAGCCUGGUAAAGGGUUAACCAACACGUAACCAAGGGUUAGAGUAGUGUAUAUAGAUAUGAACAAAAUACAUUAUCACCUAUAUUGUACUAUUUAUAAUAAGUGAGGGUAUAAACCAAAAAUAUUAUAUAAACGUGACGUUAUCUAUGAAAAGGGACCUUAUUGCCGAUGGCACUUACGCCAUUAUUAAUGAUGCUCCGAUAUAAAUACAAUGCCGCGCGACGCUGUGCGGCGUAAGCGCCAUCGACAAUAAGGCCCCUUUUCAUAGAUAACGCCCCAAAUUUGUUUUAAUCUCACAUUCACCCUGUAGAAGGUACAAAUUUUACAUUCCUAUAAAUUAAGCUUAGAAUAAAUUUAAAAGUGGGAAAAUUACUGUGUGAGACUUGAACUCACGGCAUCUUCAUUUCACACCUUCUGGGCGAGCUCGCUCCAUCUUA